CUGGAUAAAUAAGGUACCGAGUCCAGCCUCGGCGAGUGGGUUCUGUGAAACAGUUCUCUCCUAUUACGGAUUAUUACGUUACCAAUCACUAUUCGGUGACAUUUGUACUAGUAACGAAGCGCAUUGGCCUUCUCUUCUACUGUGUAUCCAUCUGUACGUAUUGUACCUGAGGGGGCUGUUCGCCGAAUACCUUGCCCCCUUAUCUUGCUUGUUCUUGCCUUUUCCUCGCAACUUCGCAACAAGAGGUACCUUGGCCACGACUGAGCAGAAGACGGAGAUCCAAUUCCCGUGAAGUGCAGUGCAGUGCAUCAGCAGCCCAUCUCCGUCAGGCGGCCAGUAAGUCAGUCAAUUCAGCUGCAUGUCGAGCCAGCAACAAACGCCGCCGCAACAACAGAGCCCAACAAGAUCCCCGCCCCCGCAAUGGCAACUUCGGCCCCCACCGCCGUGGCCGUGACCGUGGCCGUGACUGCCGCCGGCAAGAACCAGCUCUUCCUCGGCUCCUUUGUCGACAGCGCCAAGCUCGACGAGCUGCGCUACCUCCACGACGCUGCCGUCGCCGUCGACGCCGCUGGCACUAUUGUUGCUGUCGAGCAGCCGUGCGACGAGCAAAAGGCCAGGCUGACGGUCCUGCCCCGCCUCGGCUGGGCUGCCGACGCGGUCGAGGUGCAUGUGGCGAAGCCGGGCCAGUUCUUCUUUCCUGGGUUCAUAGACACGCACCUUCACGCGUCGCAGUAUCCCAACGUGGGCAUCUUUGGCAAGUCGACGCUGCUAGACUGGCUCAACACGUACACGUUCCCGCUCGAGGCGUCGCUGGCGGACCCGUCCAAGGCGCGCCAGGUGUACAGCCGCGUGAUCCGCAAGACGCUGUCGCACGGCACCACGUGUGCGGCCUACUACGCCACCGUCGACGUAGCGUCGACGAACCUGCUGGCCGACCUGUGCGUAGCGGCCGGCCAGCGCGCGCUCGUCGGCCGCGUGUGCAUGGACCAGCUGUCGCCGGCCUACUACCGCGACGAGAGCCCCGAGGCCGCACUCGCCGCCACACGCGCCAGCAUCGCCCACAUCUCGGCCAUCGACCCAGAGCUGGCCCUUGUGCGGCCCGUACUCACGCCGCGGUUCGCGCCGUCGUGCUCGGCGCCGCUGAUGCGUGGGCUCGGCGCGCUGGCCGCCGAGAUGCCGCACCUGCCCAUCCAGACGCACAUCAGCGAGAACACCAACGAGAUCGCCCUAGUGCGCGAGCUGUUCCCGCCCGCCAGCACCGGCGCGCUCGACGACAGCUACGCGGCCGUGUACGACGCCUUCGGCCUGCUGACGGACCGCACCAUCCUGGCCCACGGCGUGCACCUGUCCGAGGCCGAGGCCGACCUAAUCGCGGCCCGCCGCGCAAAGGUCUCGCACUGCCCCUGUAGCAACAGCGCCAUCACUAGUGGCGCCGCCCGCGUGCGCUGGCUGCUCGACAAGCACAUCUCGUGCGGCCUCGGCACCGACAUGAGCGGCGGCUACAGCCCCAGCGUGCUCGAGGCCGCCCGCCUCGCCGCCCUCGUCAGCCGCCACGUCGCCAUGGGCGGCGACGAGAAGGCCAAGCUGAGCGUCGAGGAGGUCCUGUUCCUGGCCACGCGCGGCGGCGCCGACGUCGUCGGGCUCGCCGAUGUCGUUGGCGCUUUUGCCGUCGGCAUGCACUGGGACGCCCAGCUCGUGGGCCUCGGCGACGUCAACGCCGACGGCGAGGUCGAAGGCGACCGAGACGAGGACAACAACGUCGACGUCUUUGGCUGGGAGACGUGGCCCGAACGCGUCGCCAAGUGGGUAUACAAUGGCGACGACCGCAACACGAAGCGCGUGUGGGUCAAGGGCCGCCUGGUGCACGAGCGCAAGUGAGCUGUCUGUCUGUCUGUCUGUUUUUUUGCUUCAUGUGUUGUUGGCGCCGGGGGGAAGAGGGGAGGGGGGAAAGGGCGUUUCCAGGCUUGAACUCGAAAUGUUAAGAUGGCAGAUGGAGCGGGUGUGUCAUGCGGUCUCGUCUAACUAUCAGACUAGGAGUAGGGAGAAUGACUAUGAAAAUGAAACGUGUGAAUGAUUUC